AUGGCAGCAUCCCACAAAGAACGUAUUGAAGCUUUGGAGUCCAGUGUUCAAACAAUCAACCUGGAGCUGCAAUCGAAUCACUUGGCGUCACAGCAAAGUAUGGCUCAAUUAGAAGAAACCCUUCUAAAGAAGUUGGGCAACCUAAUCCAUGGCCAAAGCAAGAGUACGAGUGACUAUUCUUCUCCCUCCAAAGAAGAAAGUGAUUCAGAUACUGAUCAAGAGUCCGCAACUGAUUCGUCCUCUGAAGAAGAAGAAGAAACCAAGGGACUUCUCGUGGACAACCGCAAACCAAGGAUGGUGUUUUCCCCUUUCAAGGGAGAUGACCCAAUCACUUGGCUCAGCCGUGCCAAUCAAUUUUUUAAGUUCCAGAAGAUUCAAAAAUCUGAAAAGGUUGAUUAUGCAGCCUUCUUUCUUGAAGGUGACGCAAAUCUAUGGUGGCAAUGGGUGGUGCGUAUAUACCGGAAGAAACGUAAAGAGAUUAGAUGGAAAGAUUUCGAAAAAGAAGUGUUGACGAGAUUUGGGCCGACAGGACAUGUAGAUCAUGACGAAGCUCUAUCACGAAUCAAGCAGACGCAUGAUUUGCAGGAGUAUCUAAAAGAGUUUGAACGGUGCUCAACCCUUGUACAUGGAUGGCCAGAGAAAGCACUCCUGGGAACCUUCAUUGGAGGAUUGAAACCUGAACUCGCCAAGGAAGUGAAGAUAUGUAGACCCAGGACUGUACGAAAAGCAAUUGAAUAUGCAGGGCUACAAAAUGAUCAUCUCUUGGAAACCAAGCGCCUGGGGAAGAUGGAACCUCGAAAACUCCCAAUUUCGAACUCAGAAUGGCAGGGUAACAAAGCUGUUUCUUCACUACCCAAGCCACUACCUACAGGUGUCAAACGCUUGACGUGGGAUGAGAUGGAGAAGCGUCGGGAAAAAGGUCUUUGCUUCAACUGUAAUGAUAGAUUUACACCGGGGCACAAAUGUAAAGUAUCACAGGCCUUUGUUAUUGAACCAGUAGAUACUGAAGAAGAAGAAGAACAAGAAGUGGAUGUAAGUGGAGAAGGACCGGUUAAUAGUUUCAACUCAGAACAACAGGAACCCCAAAUCUCGGUGCAUGCUCUCACUGGAGGAAAAGGGCCUAAGACAAUGAAGCUGGAAGCUUGGGUCUUGAAUAAACCAAUUACCAUACUUAUUGAUAAUGGGUCUUCUCACAACUUCAUCAACAGCAAGGUGGCCGAAAAAAUGGGAUUAACAAUAAACACUAUACCUCCCUUUGAGGUCUGUGUGGCAAAUGGAGAGCGAUUGACUUGUAAUGAGGUAUGUCGAGAUGUGUCCUUUAAAAUACAAGGAAUUUGGAUUAGAGCGGAUCUCUUCUCUCUUCCAUUGGUGGGCCUUGAUGCCGUACUAGGUAUUCAAUGGUUAGGAGGACUUGGAAGGGUGGUGUCCGAUUACAACAAAAUGACUAUGGAGUUCAUGUGGGGUGAUGGAUGGGUGACAUUGAGUGCACAACCAAAAGGAGGAGCUACAGCAACUGAGAUUUAUUCUGUGGAGAAACUACGGAAACAAAGGGGUCAAUGCUUUGCCAUUCAUGUAAACCAUGCACCCUUGAUUGGCCAGGAGCAAGAUAAGGUACCCGAAGAAGUCAGCCCCAUCUUAAACGAAUUUUCUGGAGUCUUGGAAGAGCCCAAAACGUUGCCACCACCGAGACCAUUUGAUCAUCGGAUUCCAAUAAAAAAUGAGGCAUCACCCGUGAAUGUGGCUCCUUAUCGGUAUGCCCAUUUCCAGAAAAAUGAAAUAGAGCGGCAGGUACGAGAGAUGCUGCAGAACGGGUUAAUCCGACCCAGCAAUAGUCCGUUUUCUUCACCUGUCCUAUUGGUAAAGAAAAAGGAUGGUACAUGGAGGUUCUGCACAGAUUAUCGGGCACUAAAUUCUGUCACGAUCAAGGAUCGGUUUCCCAUUCCUACCAUUGAUGACAUGCUCGAUGAAUUAGGAGGAGCAAAAUUUUUCACGAAGCUGGACUUACGGGCGGGAUACCACCAAAUUCGAGUGCAUGAGGCAGAUAUUCACAAAACGGCUUUUCGGACCCACAACGGACAUUUUGAAUACUUGGUAAUGCCUUUUGGCUUAUGCAACGCCCCCUCUACUUUUCAGUACGCUAUGAAUACCAUUUUUAACAAACAACUGCGAAAAUUUGUGCUCGUAUUUUUUGAUGACAUACUCAUAUAUUCUAAAGAUUGGGACGAGCACAUGGCCCAUCUUCGUGUUGUUUUGGAAAUAUUAUCAUUUCACAGGUUUCAUAUCAAGCCCUCUAAGUGCGCCUUCGCGCAAAUGGAAGUUGAAUAUUUGGGCCAUAUGAUAUCCCACGAAGGCGUCAAAGUGGAUCAACGCAAGAUAGAAGCUAUGAGUUCAUGGCCCGAACGUCCCAACAUCUCAGCUCUUCGGGGUUUUCUGGGACUUACGGGAUACUACCGGAAGUUCGUCAAAGAUUAUGGGGUCAUUGCUAAACCCUUGACUGAUAUGCUCAAGAAAGGUGCCUUCACAUGGACACCAGAAUGA